AAUAACAGCUGAUGAAUUGCAUGGGAUGCGAGUUGAUUAUGUAGGAGAGAUGUGCUGAACUGGUGAUAGCUUUCAUAUUAUUAUUAUUAUUAUUUAUUAAUAUGGCAUCAGCCUCGAGUAAAAGUGCCAAGAACCUCUUUGCGGAAUCCAAAAGCCGUUUGGGCGAUCGGGUCCAGAUCAACGUGAACAACAUGGGCUCGAUUGCCCGACAAAUCCAUCGGGGAUCCAAGGCCCCGGACAUGUUGGGCCAAAGUGCCAAGAACUUUGCCCAAGCUGAAGGCACCAUGGAGCACUCUGGGGGAAAUCUACAGAAGAUGCAAUUGUUACUAGCCCAGAUGCAUCAACAGGAAGAUCAAAUCCGACGACAGUUCAGGCAUUUACCCGAGAUUGACGAGCAGAUCAAGGACAUGCAAAGAUAAUACUUAAAACUGAAUUGACCAGUCAAUAAAAUGGGUUCUGAUUUGA